AUGGACAACAUCUCCUCCUUCUCCUCUUUCUCUCUCGUAGCUCUGAAUGGAACCAGCAGGUCCAACAGGAUGACUGCAUUCUCUUUUGCCUUGCCAGGCUAUUUAGUGACCAUUUUUGUGAACUCAGCUUUGAUUUGCAUAAUUGUUCUGGAGAAAGUUCUCCACAAGCCUAUGUAUAUUUUUUUGUGCAAUUUAAGUAUAAAUGGAUUAUACGGAGCUACAGGAUUUUAUCCACCUCUGCUGUAUUAUUUACUAAAUGAAUCCAACCUAAUCUCUUUGAAAGAAUGUGCCAUCCAAAGCUUUGCCAUUUUCACCUAUGCAAUAGGUGAGUUUACUAAUUUGUGCAUAAUGGCAUUUGAUAGAUACUUAGCAAUCUGCAGACCUCUGUACUACCAUACUGUCAUGACCACAAUCACUAUUUGGAGGCUGCUGACUUUCAUUUGGAUGUUUCCCUGCUGCACUGCAAUACUGAUAAUACUGAUGACGCUCAGGUUUCCCAUUUGCAUGAAUCAGAUAAACAAACUGUACUGUGAAAACUGGGUCUUGGAGAGACUUGCCUGCAGGGUGGACACCAUUCAGUUUGUGGUUAAUGGAAUAUUCACAUGUGCUAUUAAUGCUUUGGUAUGGUUUGUGUUUUUGUCUUAUGUAAAAAUACUGAUUGCUUGUAAGCACUCUGCUCAAAGCCACAAGAAGUUUGUAACCACAUGUCUGCCACAUUUGAUAGCCUUUUUGAAUUAUGUGGUCUGGUCUCUUUUUAAUACACUAUAUGAGCUGUUUGGAACUGGCAGUCUACCUCAGAGUUUUAAAAACUUCUUGUCGGUUUCAUUUUUGAUCAUUCCACCUCUGGUUAAUCCUAUAAUAUAUGGAAUUAUACUAACACCUAUUAGGACUAAAGCAAAAAAAAUAUUCCAAAGUUUAAGAUCAAAUCAUACAGAUUGA